UAGAUACAGUCGAGUUAAAAUCUUACUUUAAUACCAUUGGAAUUAAAAUCAUACUUUGAACCUUUAACUUUUUCAAAAAAGAUAGGACACACUGUGAUCGAAAAUUGAAAAAAAAAGAAAGAAAAACAGACAUCGGCGAUCAAGGAUUAACACAUUCACGAGAAUUAUUUAAUUGUUGGAUCCGAAAGUGCCGAAAUAAAUGAUGCUGGAUACAGAAUCUCGCGGCGGAAGUGACGAGGCCAUGUUAGGGUACAUGUAUAAUCAACAAAUGUUAUCAUCUUCAGACGAGGCUGCGGACCGUACAGACACCUCGAGCGAGGCGCUGCAUCCCUGUGACAAGUCGCCCGCAUCCAGCCCAGACACGGGAAUCGGCCUGCAAGAAUCCCCUUACUCCAAGCAAGAGUACGUGAAAGCCGAGUACCUAAAACCUGAAGCAUACCCAUCCCCGGUAGACACCCUGCCGCUCCAGCACCACAUACCUCACCCGGAUAUGACGUCAAUGGCCUACCCGCCCGUCAGCUCCAAGGGUCCGUACAGCGUCAACGGCAUCAGCCUCUCUGGCCCAAGCGUCGACAUGAUGCACCACAGUAUGGGUUACCAGGUGUCGCCUUACGCGGCCAACAACCCCCGGAAGCAGCGGAGAGAGAGAACUACUUUUACGCGCGCGCAGCUUGACGUUAUGGAAUCCCUGUUCCAGAAAACUAGAUACCCAGAUAUAUUCAUGCGCGAGGAAGUAGCGCUCAAGAUCAACUUGCCAGAAUCUCGUGUUCAGGUUUGGUUCAAGAACCGCCGGGCUAAGUGUCGUCAACAGCAGAAGGCGAAGGAAGGGAACAACAACAAAUCGCCGACCCCGAAGAAGGCCAAGUCACCGCCGCCUCCUUCCAUCUCUCCCGCCGGAAGUUACACUAAGCCACCGACAGCGUCCAGCCCCAUCACGAACGGCAGCAUGAACGCGCCGACGUCCAUCUGGAGUCCUGCGUCUAUAGCGCCCGUCAACGACCUCAUGUACCAGAAUAGCUGCAUGCAACGGCCCGGAGGUUACCCGAUGAGCAACAUGCACUCUGGGUACUCCCAGAACUACGGACCCUCCUCGUAUUACGGGAACUCGGACUACCUGUCACCAAUGCAGCUGCCCGUGAUGCACUCAAACCAGGCCAACACCAUGUCCAACUCUUACUCUAACCAAUACUCCUCAAUCCCCGCCACCCAGAGCCUCCCGCGGCCCUCAGCCGGCGACUGCUUGGAAUACAAAGACUCAUCGUCAUGGCCGAAAUUUCAAGUUUUGUAACCAUAAGGACGCUUAUGAACAUUGUAAAACUGACAUCCAUGUUGUGAUUAUUUAUUUCACUGCCAGAGCUGGCUGGCCGUCUGAGUCGAGCGGCCAUUAUCAGUGUUUACGACUGCAUGGAGACCGGAAAUGACGUCAACGUAAUGGAAGCCAGGGUAGCGCCGUGCGCGCAGGAUUUGACAAGUGCUGUAGUCUAUAUUAUGUGAACUACUAACCCCUGCCGUAAUCGGGGCAGAGAGAAUCGAGGGGUGGGGCAGACAUGACAAUCAGGAUAACCUGACGUCGUCAGGGAGAGGGCGACACCGUAGCUGAACUACACCUGGGGGAAACUCUUGUGUUCAAAUGUUUCAUCUUUGAUAUUAGAAUAUUCAUGUUCUUAUUUAGCUUUAUAACUCAAUGAAAGUACAUUCCCAUUUUCAUUCCGUUCAACAUUCCAAAAAAUGGCAUUCUUUUGUUCAAAAGCACUUUUUCUCGAUUUUUCAAAAACAAAAAUAUACUUGUUACAUUGGUUAUGUUGUUUUAUGUUGUUUUGUGUAAAUAACGCGUUCCUUUAUAAAGUAAAUCCAGUCAUUUGUUACAGAUAUUAUUGAGAUUGUAGUACAUAGAUGGAAAGUUAUAAAUUGAUAAUUUGUACAAAGUGUAUAUUUUGUAAAUGUUUAUUCACUGUUGUUUUUAAUGAGUCAUGUUUUCACUGCUUUAAGAGUCUGUAUUAAAGCGUUAAUUUAUGUGUACAUGUUUUGUGACUUGGUCAGUAAUGAAAAUGUGUAAAUGAUGUUCUUAGAAAACAUGAAAAACAUGAAAUCUCACAAAUGCCAAAAUGAGCAAAAUUUAUGAUAAAUAUUCCGUGUUCACGGCAUUGAA